GUGAGCUGGUCUCUGGACUGAUGAUUUGCAAUUUUCUUGUUUCGAAGGAUCAAAAUCUUUCAUCAUAAUGGCUCGUUGUAUUUCAAGAGGAUGUUUGACAAGUUGUUCCAGGUGGACUGGAAACCAGAGUCACCUGAUAAGUUUGGCGAUAUUACAGAACUUUCGAAAUCUGUUGACUCCUUGAAAUUGGAAGAAACAACAAGACAAGGCCAAGGAUCCAAAACUACUCAGGCUUCCUCAAAAACUGCUAGUUCCAACCCUUCAGUACAAAAACCUGCUGCAUAUCGUCCGCCUCAUGCUAAAGCAGCAGCUGCAGUUCAGGCAGAGCUAUUCGGAGUAAGCCCUUCCGGAGAAAUGAGCAAGAACGCACUUAAAAACAAGAAGAAAAGAGAGAAACAAAGGGAGAAGAAGGCCGCGGAAGCUGCCGGUGGAUCUUGAUUGUGCGCGUGCAUGUGCCAAACUGUCCGAUGAGCCAUUUUCAAUGGUAUAAGUUUCAAAGCAUUCAUGUGUGUCCUGGUGGUGCUACUGCAAUGCUAUUUCAAGAGAGGUGGUCUAAUAUUGUUUUCACUGAAUUGAGAUGCAUUCUUACUCUCUUCCUGACAUUUUUGUUUCUGGUUCUGUCUUAGGACAUGGACUGAUACAUACUAUAUAUUGACUGAUUAAGGAAAUUAUGAAGAGAACUUAAUGAAAUUUGCCAGUUACUUGA